GUCGGCAAGCCUGCCGGUCAACACCCGGUCCUCCGCGACGAAGCGGCUGGUUUCUGCGUCUGGGGCCGACGUCCCGCUGCUGGGGCGUGCGGUCUGGCGUACGGGGCCGGUCGUGGAGGGCGGAGGGCCGGUCGUGUGCUUGGUGUGUGAGUGAGCCGCGGUCGGCUGCCGGUGGAUAUUUCCCUGAGACUAACCAAGGGGGGAGUAGUAAACCCCCCGACCGGGGACGAGCGGUGACGUCUGUAUCUGACCUCUGCCAUGGACUACGCGGGACUGUAAGACCAAUUUACUGGCAAAGUCCGCAGGAAGUGGCAUGUUCAAUGUGGGAAAACCGCUCCCGUCUCGUCCGUCUGGAGCCAAUCAGGGCGUUGAAGCCGGCAGUCCGGGCGCGGGUGUGGAGAGGCGCAUAGCCAGCGUCCUCUCAUACCCUGUGAGGGGGGAAAAUCCCUGACGACUUCUAGCCCUGGGGAGGGGUAUGCGGCCGAUCGGAUCGGUGCGCGCCCCUCUCCGGGGGUGAAGUAAAAACUAUAGCAUCAUAGUGGGCCUGGCCGUCUCCAGGGACCUUUUCUAUAGAGUCACUGACCGGGAUAGGGGGUGGCUCCCCCGAAAAAAACAUCUCCUCUGCCCGGUCCUUAAUUAGGGAUUUUCAACACCGGGGACAGUACCCCCACCGCGGUGGGGGUCCCAUGAUGGGCGAACCGGUUUUUUAAUCAACUGUGGAUAUGGCUAACAUCAAACACACACAACCAAAAAACAGAGGAGAGAAGCACACAAGCAAGAGGAUGGGCAACACCAAAGGGACAGGAGGUAGGGAGGAAGAGUCCCAAAGGACGCCCCGUCAAGAAGGUGCCGAUGAACCGGCAACGAGAGUGAAGAGCACGAAACCAGGCCCAGCGUGCUCCAAAGUGGCUAAGGACCUCCCGCUUCCGAUGGAUUCGGAUGAUUCGGACAUGGAGGCCAUGGUGGACGUCGAGGGUGAGGAUUCACUCACAGACGAAGAAUCUUCUUCGGCCUCGACAGUGGACGCGGUAACCGGCAAGCGGAAGAAGAGGGGGAGGCCGACUACAACGUAUGCAGGGCUCAAAAAAUUCAAGAAGACGGAGUGUAAAAGGGAGAUCCAGAGACUUAAGGCCGAGCGGAAGGCCCUGGCUGAGGCACUGGACCCCAAGGUUGCUCCUAGGGACACCACGCCAGAGAGGGAGACCGUCAGACAGAUGGAGGGUCUCAAUAAUACGCAGAUAGCAGCGGAGAUGCUAGAAAACGUAAAUGUCGUCCUAAAGGUUGCCGAGAGAUCGAAGAAUCUCAAAGGCACCUGGGUGAGAGAAUUGAAGGUGUGCUCGAAGAACCUCCGAGCCGCAGCCACAGUGAUCGCCUCGAAGACGGCGGGGUCUCACAGCAGGGUACUUGAGGAGGAGACAGCGAGACUAAGAGACAGAGUGAAGAGUCUCGAGGAGCAGGUGAAGGAACUGAUGUCCCUUCUUCACCAAGAGAGAGAGGCCAGGAUCAGGGCAGAAAGCCGGAAUAGACAAGGCAGGACAACAACAGAGGAGACGCCAGAAAUGGAGGAGACGCCAGAACUGGACUACGGGGCAGAUAACCCACCCCGAGUUAUGGCCCGUGUCCAGGUCCCUGCGAAACCCGCGAAAGCGGGGAAAUCUGCGCGGCCAAAGGCCCAGAGCCAAAAAGCGGAGACGUUAAAAGUGGCAAAACCGGAGUCCGCCAAAAGUACUAUGGAUGCGGUACGCAGGCCAAUGGUCAGAGGCGAGAGGAAGGAGUUGGACGAGCCACCUGCAGAAGAAGCCAUGGAAGGCAUUAGGAGGGUUAUGGAGGGAGUCUCCAUUAAGGAGGUGGUGAACGGGGAUCCGCAAAAGGUUAAACAAAACCUGGAGAACCUUAUAACUAGGUGCCAGGGUGCGUUAACCCGCAUUCCGAGGGAGCAGCAGCUGGGCAAGGAGAAGAACCCGAAGAAACUGCCCAUAAUCACCAAGGUGGAGGCGGUUAGGGACAAACUUCGGGUCAAGGCUAGGGAGGCGGCGGCACAGAUCGUUCGAGGCACGAAGGAUGAGAAGAUGCGGAAGGAGGAGACGCGAAAGGAGGACAAGACUUCUGCCAAGCCGACUACCUCAUGGGCAGAGGUGGUAAGAAGAGGGAAGAAGAAGCCCAGCGGUGCAAAGCAGGAGCCGGCGACGAAGCCCACUAAGCCGGCAGCUGUAGGCACCAAUAAGACCGGAGAAAAGGCGUCGGGAGAGAGGAAUGGAAAGGAGGCGCCAAAAAGGAGGAGGGCACCCAGGACACCCGCAGUGGCGAUCUCCUUCCCUGAAGGCCAAGCGGGGGAUGGUAUGCGAUACCUGAGGUCCCAAAUUAACUUGGAGAAAUUGGAAAUCAGCAGUCUAAAGCAUAGGAGAGCCCUCAACGGGGCGACGCUCCUGGAAAUUCCAGGAGGUGAAGAAGCGAAGGCGAAAGCGGAUUCGCUAGCCAGCCGUAUCAAGGCGGUAGCGGAGGAGAAGGGAGUCCGGGUCUCCCGCCCCGCAAAAAGGGCGGAGAUCCGGAUGAAGGACCUCGACGAAUCCGUCACGACGGAGGAGGUUCGAGACGCGGUGGCUAGGGUUGGAGAGGGUCCGAAGGAAGAGAUCAAGGUAGGCUCGAUCCGCCAUACUCCCAGUGGAUUUGGAACAUGCUGGAUCCAAUGCGGGAUUGAGGUGGCCAAAAGAGUAGCCGCGGCGAAGAAGAUUAAGGUUGGUUGGGUAGCAGCCAGGGUUGAGCUGCUGGAGCCCCGCCCUCUCGUUUGUUUCAAAUGUCUGGAGAGGGGGCACGUCAGGGGCCAAUGCAGGAGCAACAUUCAUAGGAGCACGAUGUGCUAUAGGUGUGGCCAAGAAGGGCACAAAGCACAGAGCUGCAGCGAGACCCCGAACUGUGCGGUGUGUAGCGGGAAAGGGCUGCCCUCCAACCACAAGGCUGGAGGGGCAGCCUGUAGACCCCCGAGCAAGGGGGAGAAGAGGAGAGAGGCCAAGAAGAGCCGGGAGGAGGGCCGAACUAAGAAGAAGACGGACAAGGAGAUAGUUGCGGGCCCGGCAGCCGAACAAGGGGAGCCGAUGGAGACCGAGCCAGCGGUGCAGGUGGCAAAGAAGCAACCAGGAGGAAGAAACAGCCAGGAGGAGGCUGGCAAGGGGGCGCCUUCACAGCCAUGAAAGUGCUCCAAGCGAACCUCAACCACGCCUGCCGGGCUCAGGACCUCUUUCUACACAGCCUGGCAGAGCG